CUUCGUUAUCUUUUCAUCUUACCAAUUUCAAAAGCCUCUCUUUUCUAUAGCUUCUCUCUCUUGCGGAAGCAAAAAAAUGUCUCCUCACAAAGGUUCGACCAUGAUGAUUCUGCUGUGUGUGUUCAUGGCUUCUGUAAUGAUCGCCACCGCCGGGAACUUUCUCCAAGAUGUCGACAUUACUUGGGGUGGUCCACGUGCCAAGAUACUAGAUAGAGGCCGACAUCUCUCGCUAUCUCUAGACAAAGAUUCAGGGUCAGGUUUUCAAUCUAAGCAGGAGUUUCUAUUUGGAAGAUUUGAUGUACAAAUGAAACUCGUCCCUGGAAACUCUGCUGGCACUGUCACUACUUUUUAUUUGUCUUCUCAAGGAGGAUCACACGAUGAGAUUGACUUUGAAUUCUUAGGCAACUCGUCUGGAGAGCCAUACACACUUCAUACCAAUAUUUACUCACAGGGAAAAGGAAAUAGGGAGCAACAAUUUCACCUUUGGUUUGAUCCCACCAAGGGAUUUCACACCUAUUCUAUCGACUGGUCUCCAGAAAGUAUCAAGUUUCUAGUGGAUAACAUUCCUAUAAGGGUAUUUCACAACUGGGAAAAGAUAGGAGUUUCUUACCCGAAGAGCCAACCCAUGAGAGUGUAUUCAAGUUUGUGGAAUGCAGACGAUUGGGCAACCAGAGGGGGGCUUGUGAAGACCGAUUGGACACAAGCUCCUUUCACAGCAUCAUACAGAAACUUUAAUGCCAAUGGAUGUGUUGCAUCAUCUGGGUCGUCAUCGUGUGGCUCCAAGUUUUCAAAUACGUUGCAAGGUGGAGCACAAAGUAAUCAAGGACUAGAUGCCAAGAGUAGAAAUAGACUGAGAUGGGUGCAGUCUAAGUUCAUGAUCUACAAUUACUGCACUGACCACAAAAGAUUUCCUCAAGGCAUUCCAGCUGAAUGCAAGCGCCCAAGGUUCCUGUGAGAGAGCUUAUACACCUAGCUCUAAAGCUAAAGUCAUGCUAUACAAUUCAAGACAUUCAACUACCUCUGUGUCUCCUAUAAUUAUUUGAUUUCAUGUAAUUAUUUUUAUUCUUUUUGCAUAUAAAUUUAUUGUCA